AUGGCAUAUUGGUGGGAAAAAGAUGCAAACCCCAGUGAAUCACCUGUAGAGCAACAAUACGAGCACCAAGAAUUUCACUCUGCAAAUCAGCCCCUUUAUCCCAGACAAACAAACCUGGGUUUUGAUCAGCUGAUAGAUGUGCUCAGUCAUGAAAGUCCACGCUAUCAGUGUGAGCCUGAGAAAAAGAUCUUUCCUAUGCCCCAUUUCCCAAACAGAGACUGGAAAACAAAUCCCCUGGAUUUGACACACCAAAUAUUUACAAAUGAAUUUACUUCUCAAAGCCCAGAAUUCGCCUGCCAUCAAGCUAGGGAAGCUCCAGUCAUUGGUUUUAAGCCUUCGGUGCUGCCAAGUCCUCAAGACAUCAAUGAAGAGCGCUCUAGAGGAAUGCGCACAGGAAAAUACUGUGGUGCUGGUGAUGACAGAUUCAACAUGUUUGCUCCAUCACUAGCUGGUAUGGCUGAAAUUAGUACACAGAGAGAACAGGAAAAUGCAGGUCAGAGCCAUUACAUAGGAUUUGAAAGUAACAUUCCUUCUAUGGAUCCAUCUUUUGCAACUGACUUCAUGUCAGAAGAGAAUAAAAGGAGUAAAAAUAUGAAUAUUAUGGAUCCUUCACUGGUAUUCUCGAAAGAAUCCUUUCUACCCAGCUCAAGCAACAGUACACAGCCAGAGAAUGUAGAGGUGAUAGGUUCCAUUCAGCUCAUUGAAGUGCCUCAAGGCAGUAAUUUGAGUCUGGCCUCCUUCUGCAGUGAAGUAAAAAGAAUAAGAGAAAUGUAUCAUGCAGCUGACAUUGGUUCUAAUUCAGGAAAAAUCUGGAGUACUACAACCACAUCUCCGCAUCAGCUCUUUUGUAAUACUAAGUUUCAUAUACAGGUUUUCACUGAUACUUCAACAGAAUUACUUAAUUUAAUGCCAGAUGCUAAUUAUCUAGUUAAAGACCUAAUAACAGAAAUUCUACAUUUUUAUGCAAAUGAGCAGUUAUUCCAUGAGGAUCACCUUCUCAGCAUAUGUGGCUAUGAAGAAUUUUUGCAAAAUGAUCACUCUUUGGGGAGCCACAGAAUAUUUCAGAAAGAUAAAUCGACUAUUCAACUUCACCUACAGAAAAAGAGUGAAACACCAGGAAAGUUAUCUCGAAUGCAUGAAGAUGACCACAGUCAGUUUUAUCUGAACCAACUCCUAAAAUUUAUGCACAUUUGGAAAGUACCCAGACAGUGCCUCUCAACAGUACUCAAAAAGUAUGACUGCCAUCUGAAAUACCUAUUGAAAACCCAGGAGAAUGUGGACAGUAUUAUUGAAGAAGUUAAAAAUAUAUGUGGUGUUCUGGGAUGUGUGGAAACCAAACAAAUUACAAAUGCCAUAAAUGAACUCAAUCUAAUUCUUCAGAGAAAAGCAGAGAAUUUUCCUCAAAAUUCAGAGACAUCAACAAAAGGAUUAAUAGAGAAAGUGACAAGUGACCUAUCUGUGUCCAUCUACCAGCUAAUUGGUAUCUACUGCAGCAGCUUUUAUGCAGAUUUCCAGCCUCUUACUGCACCUCCUAGCAUUUCCUAUGUAAACCCUGGGCUGCAUUCCCACCUCACCUUCACACUCUACGCAGCUCACAACAUUCCAGAGACCUGGGUCCACAGCUAUAAAGUAUUUUCCUUUUCCUGUUGGCUCACAUAUGCUGGAAGGAAGUUGUGCCAAGUGAGAAACUGCAGACAUAUUCCAGCCAAAAAGCUGCUUUUUUCUUUGGUUAACUGGAAUGAAACGAUUAAUUUUCCUCUUGAAAUAAAGUCACUUCCAAGGGAAUCAAUGCUCACAAUAAAAUUGUUUGGGAUUCUGAGUGCUACAACCAAUGCAACUUUAUUGGCCUGGACUUCUCUUCCAUUGUUUCCCAAAGACAAAUCUACUCUUGGGUCAGUGCUCUUCAGUAUGGCCUUACAGAAUGAACCCCCCAUAGAGAUGAUAGCCCCAGGAGUGUGGGAUAGAAGUCAGCCAUCCCCAGUAAUCCUACAGAUCGAUUUUCCAGCUACUGAGUGGGAGUAUAUGAAACCUAUUUCAGAAGAGGCUAGAAGUAAUUUGGAAGAACCACCGAAAGAGUGUUUAAAACAUAUUGCCAAACUUUCACAGAAACAAUCUCCCUUGCUGCUCUCCGAGGAAAAGAGAAGAUACUUAUGGUAUUAUCGCUUCUACUGCAAUCAGGAAAAUUGCUCUCUACCUCUGGUCCUUGGCAGCGCCCCUGGAUGGGAUGAAGGAACUGUUUCCGAAAUGCAUGGCAUUUUGAAAAGGUGGAAAUUUUCCCGUCCUUUGGAGGCACUUGGGCUUUUGACUUUCAGUUUUCCAGAUCAAGACAUUCGUAAAGUGGCCGUGCAACAACUAGACAAGCUCUUGAAUGAUGAACUACUGGAAUAUCUCCCACAACUUGUGCAGGCUGUCAAGUUUGAAUGGAAUCUUGAAGGUCCUCUAGUCCAACUCCUAUUACACCGCUCAUUGCAGAGUGUCCAGAUAGCCCAUCGUCUUUACUGGCUGUUAAAGGAUGCGCAGAAUGAAGCUUAUUUUAAAAGCUGGUAUCAGAAGUUGUUGGCUGCUCUCCAAUUCUGUGCCGGAAGAGCCCUAAGUGAUGAGUUUUCCAAGGAGAAGAAACUUAUCAAAGUCCUGGGAGAUAUUGGGGCAAAAGUCAAGUGUGCCAGUGAACCGCAGAGACAGGAGGUACUGCAGGAAGAACUUGGAAAACUAGAAGAAUUUUUUCAUUCUAUCGACACUUGCCACUUGCCUUUGAACCCUGCCCUGUGCAUCAGGGGGAUUGAUCGUGAUGCAUGUUCGUAUUUCACAUCUAAUGCUGUGCCAUUGAAGAUCACUUUCACCAAUGUUAAUCCCAUGGGCAAAAACAUCAGCAUUAUUUUUAAGGAUGGAGAUGAUCUUCGUCAGGAUAUGCUUGUUCUGCAAAUUAUUCAAGUGAUGGACAAUAUCUGGCUGCAAGAGGGCCUGGACAUGCAAAUGAUCAUUUAUAGAUGUCUGUCCACGGGAAAAGGCCAAGGUUUGGUGCAAAUGGUGCCUGACGCUGUAACCCUUGCAAAGAUCCAUCGCCACUGUGGUCUCAUAGGCCCACUGAAGGAGAACACAAUUAAGAAGUGGUUCCAUGAGCACAACCCUUUGAAGGCGGACUAUGAAAAGGCCCUGAGGAACUUCUUCUAUUCCUGUGCUGGAUGGUGUGUGGUGACAUUCAUUCUGGGAGUCUGUGACCGUCACAAUGACAAUAUCAUGCUGACAAAGUCAGGCCACAUGUUCCAUAUUGACUUUGGAAAGUUCUUAGGCCAUGCACAAACAUUUGGAGGGAUAAAAAGGGACCGAGCUCCAUUUAUUUUCACUUCAGAGAUGGAGUACUUCAUUACAGAAGGUGGGAAAAAUCCACAGCAUUUUCAAGGUUUUGUAGAGCUUUGCUGCCGAGCUUAUAAUAUUGUCAGAAAGCACAGCUGCCUGCUCUUGAACCUGCUGGAAAUGAUGCUCCAUGCAGGAUUGCCUGAGCUAAGUGGAAUCCAAGACCUAAAAUAUGUGUAUAAUAAUCUUCGUCCACAAGACACAGACCUGGAAGCAACAAGCCACUUUACCAAGAAAAUCAAAGAAAGUCUGGAGUGUUUCCCUGUAAAAUUGAAUAAUUUGAUCCACACUCUUGCACAAAUGACGGCAAUAACCCCUGCAAAAUCUACUUCGCACACUUUCACCCAGGAAUCCCACCCGCUGGGUGCCACCAGGACAAUUCAAAGAGCAAUAAUUUUGGGGUUCAGCAGAAAAACCAGUCAUCUGUAUCUUAUCCAGGUGCUCCACGGUCACAACGAAACAAGCCUGACGGAAAAAUCCUUUGAUCAGUUUUCUAAACUCCACAAUCACCUUCAGAAGCAGUUUGCAUCAGAGACUCUGCCUGAGUUUCCUCAUUGGUGGCACUUACCUUUUACAAAUUCAGAUCACAAAAGAUUCAGAGAUCUAAAUCAUUACAUGGACCAGAUAUUAAACGGAUCAUAUGAAGUUGCAAAUAGUGAUUGUGUACUUAGUUUUUUCCUGUCUGAUCCUGUGCAACAAACAACUGAAGAAUCAACACUUAUGGAUCUAGGUGAAAAGUUUCCUGACAAGAAACCCAAAGUGCAGUUAGUGAUAUCACAUGAGGAUUCAAAACUGACCAUUCUAGUGAAGCACAUGAAGAAUAUCCAUCUCCCAGAUGGCUCCGCGCCCAGUGCACAUGUUGAAUUUUAUCUUUUACCAUAUCCCAGUGAAGUUCGUAGGAGGAAAACAAAAUCUGUUCCAAAAUGUACUGACCCCACAUACAAUGAAAUUGUGGUCUAUGAUGAAGUCACAGAACUCCAAGGACAUGUCUUAAUGCUGAUUGUAAAGAGUAAAACCACAUUUGUGGGAGCAAUUAACAUCCAGCUCUGUAGUGUCUUGCUCAAUGAAGAAAAAUGGUAUCCACUAGGAAACAGUAUAAUUUGA